AUUUUUAAUACAACCUCAGUGCUCCCAAAAUCCCAUUACAUUACCAAACUUAUGUAAUUUGUAAUCAAAAUCCUCUUUCAUUAUAAUUCCUAAUUCAAUUUUUCAUCCCUCAAAAAAUGCCUCAAAAGUUGCCUGAAUUAGCCAAUGUUGUUAAGCUAAAAUAUGUGAAAUUGGGCUACCAAUAUCUAGUAAACCACUUCUUAACUUUCUUCCUAGUAGCCAUUUCAAUUGUGUUAAUUCGAUCAGGCCCUGAUGACAUUGCAACCCUUCGGAAAUAUUUCCAAUUCGAUUUCAUACACAUUUCAUGUUCUUCAUUUUUAAUCAUGUCAAUCUCAACUUUGUACUUCAUGUCCAGGCCUCGCCCUGUUUACCUAGUCGAUUAUUCUUGUUUCAAGCCACCUGUCACAUGUCGGGUUCCAUUCUCAACAUUCAUGGAACAUUCAAAGAUGAAUCUUAGUACAGAGCCCAAAAGUGUGGAAUUCCAAAUGAGGAUUCUUGAAAGAUCCGGUCUUGGUGAAGAGACGUGUUUGCCGCCGGCAAUACAUUACAUCCCACCAACACCAUCAAUGGAUGCUGCAAGAAAGGAAGCUGAAAUGGUCAUUUUUCAAUCAAUGGACACACUUUUGAAGAAAACAGGACUUAAUCCUAAAGACAUUGACAUCCUGAUUGUAAACUGCAGCCUGUUUUCGCCGACGCCGUCGCUUUCCGCAAUGGUGAUCAACCACUAUAAAUUGAGAAGCAACAUCAAAAGUUUCAAUCUUUCCGGGAUGGGAUGCAGUGCAGGGCUAAUUUCAGUUGAUUUAGCUCGUGAUCUUCUUCAAGUUCAUCCCAACUUAAAUGCUGUGGUUAUCAGCACUGAGAUUAUUACUCCAAACUAUUAUCAGGGCAAAGAAAGGUCAAUGCUGCUUCCGAAUUGCCUGUUUAGAAUGGGGGGUGCAGCGAUUUUACUGUCGAAUCGCGGGUCUGAUCGCAAAAGAGCCAAGUACCGGUUGCUUCAUGUGGUUCGUACUCACAAGGGUUCUGAUGAUAAGGCUUAUAAAUGCGUGUUUCAAGAAGAAGAUCCACAAGGAAAACCAGGGAUUUCUUUGUCUAAAGAGCUUAUGGUGAUUGCAGGGGAAGCAUUGAAAUCUAACAUCACUGCCAUUGGCCCUUUAGUCCUGCCUGCAUCAGAGCAGCUUCUGUUCUUAAUCUCAUUGAUUGUAAGGAAAUUCUUGAAUCCCAAAUGGAAGCCUUACAUUCCAGACUUUAAGCAAGCAUUUGAGCAUUUCUGCAUCCAUGCUGGAGGCAGGGCAGUGAUUGAUGAGCUUCAGAAAAAUCUGCAGUUAUCAGGUGAGCAUGUUGAGGCGUCAAGGAUGACAUUGCAUAGGUUUGGGAAUACUUCAUCCUCGUCAUUAUGGUAUGAAUUGAGUUACAUUGAAGCUAAAGGGAGGAUGAAGAAAGGUGAUAGGAUUUGGCAAAUUGCAUUUGGGAGUGGAUUCAAGUGUAAUAGUGCUGCUUGGAAAUGUAACAAGAGUAUCGACAUACCAACAGAUGGAGCUUGGUCUGAUUGCAUCGAUAGGUAUCCUGUGCACAUACCUGAAGUCGUCAAACUCUAAGGAACUCACAGAAUAGUGGUAUGGGAAUGAUGCAUAUUGUCUUUCCGGCUCCUCGGGGACUUGUGAAGUCCCCCAAACAACAUAUGAUCCGUAGGAUGCGUUAGCAAAUACAGUAUAGUGAUAUAAAUGUUUAGUGAUAUCUUGUCUUAAUGUUGAGCCAUUUCACAGAUUGUGUUUUUCUCAGCCUUACUAGAUUCAGAAUCGAAAAAAAAAUUGUGAACCC